GCGCUCAGUUACUCUGACUCUUUUCUAAGUCAUGGGGAUUCUAGACGUUUUACUGCAGUCCUACUCAGCCUCUUUGUUGCUGGGUCUGACGGUCCUGCUGCUGGUGUUUUUGCUCUCCUCAUUUAACCUUAAGAGUGGAAAACAUGGGAAAGAGCCACCGGGACCGAGACCGCUUCCCGUCAUUGGAAACCUUCUGCAGCUUGACCUCAGCAGAGCGUACCACUCGUUCCAGGAGUUAUCCAAGAAGUAUGGAUCGGUCUUCACUGUCUAUCUUGGACCCCAAAAAGUGGUGGUCCUGGCGGGAUACAAGACAGUAAAGGAGGCUCUGGUUCAGCGUGACGAGGAGUUCGGCGAGCGGGACACAUUUCCCAUUUUACGGGAAUUUCACAAAGGCCACGGGGUUUUAUGGUCAAACGGCGACUCUUGGAAAGAAAUGCGGCGCUUCGCGUUGACAAACCUCAGGGACUUUGGAAUGGGCAAGAAGGCGUGUGAAGACAAAAUCAUCGAGGAGUGUCAGCAGCUCAUUGAGGUUUUUAAGAAAUUCAAAGGGGAGCCUUUUGACACAAUGCAACCAAUCAACUACGCGGUCUCCAACAUCAUCUGCUCCAUGGUGUACGGCAGCAGAUUUGAAUAUGAUGACCCAGAGUUCACAUCCAUGGUGGACCGAACCAACCGAAGCAUUCUGCUCAGCGGCUCUCCAUCCGUGCUGCUUUACAACAUGUUUCCACGGCUCUUUAAAUGGGUCAGCGAUAAGAGGGAGUUCCUGGAAAAUGUUUCAGCCAAUAGGAAACAGAACUUCGCCCUCUUCCGUCAGCUGAAGCAGACCCUGAACCCUGAGAUGUGCAGAGGCUUCGUGGAUGCCUUUCUGGUUCGCAAGCAAAGUCUGGAGGCAUCUGGCAUCAAAAACAGCCACUUCCAUGAUGACAACCUGUUAAUUACGGUUCUAAACUUAUUCAACGCCGGCACUGAAACAACCUCCACCACUCUGAGGUGGGGCCUUCUUCUCAUGGCCAAACAUCCACAGAUACAAGACCAGGUCCAGGAGGAGCUGAGGAGGGUCAUAGGAGAUCGUCAGGUUCAGGUGGCAGACAGGAAGAGUCUGCCGUUCACCGACGCCGUCAUCCAUGAGACGCAGAGACUGGCCAGCAUCGUCCCCACUGCACUUCCUCACAAAACCAGCAAAGACGUCGUUUUUCAGGGUUACAUCAUCAAGAAGGGCACCACAGUCUAUCCUUUGCUGACUUCUGUCCUGCAUGACGCCAGUGAGUGGGAGAAACCCCACAGCUUUCAUCCCGCUCACUUUCUGGACAAAGAAGGGAAAUUUGUCAAGCGUGACGCCUUCAUGCCAUUUUCUGCAGGUCGCAGGAUUUGUCUUGGAGAGAGUUUGGCCAGGAUGGAGCUCUUCCUCUUCUUCACCACCCUGCUGCAGCACUUCCGCUUCGCUCCUGCACCCGGGGUUACAGAAGAUGAACUGGACCUGACGCCGCGUGGAGGCAUCACUCUAGGCCCGUCACCGCACAAGCUGUGUGCCGUGUCUCGAAUGUGAAGAAGAAGAAACCUACAAGUUAAACUCAGCAGAACAAAUAUUCAAAUCAACACUUCUUGUAAAGCCAUAUUUUAAGAAUCCAGACUUCAGCGGCGCCGGUUGGCUCCUGGAAAGACCGAUCCAGUUCUAGCCUGCAGAGAACAAUCUCUAAAAGUCACAUUUGUAAUACAGAAACUGUUAAUGCUUGUUCCUAUGAUCAUAAAGUAAUAAAUAUGAAUAAUUCAAUGAACCUA